AUCCACACUAUUUAAUGAGAUGAUCUGAUGAUUGAGCUGCAAAUUUCUACGCGCUACACUUCGGAGUGUCUGUCUUCCCGUGGGUGUUGAUGCAGCUAGAUUCGCAAUCUCCCAGUCCAAUCGUACAUGGAGUUUUACCAAAGCAGAGUACUUCACAUCUGAGAUAUCUGCGCUUCCAUGCUUUCCAUGACAUUCUGCGUUUAUUUCGCACCAUCUUUGCUAGGAACGAGUUUUUUGGAUUUCAGAUUCACCUGCAGAGCUUUCAGCUUGUCCACUCGUUAAGUCACCAGUGCAAAUCAAACAGCUCUCUCCGUUCUUCACAAAAGAGUGCAAGAAGUGGCAUGCCCAGCACUCACAUGCACACAAGUUGUCACAGUGGAUCAGGAAGUUAGUUCUCUUGGGGUGAGCCGGUUCUUCGGAUCGAGGAGGAGGCUUCGUGUAGUCCAGGUGACAUUGCGCUCGCGCAUGCCAAGCAGCAAACGUUUCUUACUCUGUGCGAGUGGAGGAGAGAAUGGAAGGUGCAGGUGCGUCCAAUGUCAGUCACGCUGCUGAGACACAGGGAAUGGACUCUGCGGACGAGGAACCGGACCUUCCCUCCGCUGUCCAGGACCUUAUACGGAGUCUUAUACGGAGUCUGGAAGCAAAUGAGAGCGGCGUAGUAUGGCGGGAGAUUGCAUCGCUCUCCAGCACUUGGCGCCUUCGAGUGCUGGAGGCAAUCGGCAGCUGCAAUACUAUUCCGAUUCUGGACGUGAACCGUAUUUGUGACGGAAACAUAUCGAGGUUUACGGAAAGUGAGUGGGAGGUUCUUUUCAGAGGAUUUAAAUCUAGCACCGUUCUAAGAGUCAUAUUCCUUAAUAAAUUGGAAUGGAGUUCAGAUGCGGAAGUGGAGAGCUUGUGUUCACAGAUAGGGAGUAUUCUGAAUACCUCUAGCAUACUUUAUUUGCGCAUAGGACAUAUCAAAUUGAGUGCCAGAUGUUGGUUGAGUCUCGCCUCAGGACUGCGAGGAAAUUCCGAUUCUAAACUAAACUACUUAGAUUUAGAGGACGCGUGGGAGGAAACGAGUGCGGUGAAGCAUGUGGCUGACAUGGUCAACAGUGGUCUUAAUGUAUUGAGAAUAGGCGAAAUAGACGACAUGGAGGAGGAGGCCGUUGGAAUCUUGUCCCAGGCUUUGAUCCAAAGCUCGUCCCUGAAAGGAUUGAUCUUGGAGAAGGGGAGCGGGGACCGGGGAGCGGCUUUGUUGCUGAGAGGUUUGGCCGGAGAUGAUGGCAACCGAUCCAUUGAAGGUCUUUGGCUGUGGGACAUGGAUGGACUCGGAGGCUGUUUAAGAGAACUUCUUACUUCCAACACAUCAUUGAAGGAAGUGACGUUGCGCAACUUGCGGAUGAGUCCUGAGGACUGGCGCCAGCUCGGCGUUGUCAUACUUGACAAUGCUAUAGCAACACACACUAAAGUUCACUUUAGUGAUGAUGUUGUACGUGGUGGAUACAACAUCUCAGAUAACUGGGAGUCAAUAGAAGCUCUUGCGUGUGCUGCUAGCUCCGAAAACAAGGACCCCACAUUGGAGUUUUUACUCCACUCGUCGACUGAGGAUGGGUUCAUGUUAUCAUUAAACCUAUUAGGUAGGGUACUGCGCGGGGAAAUCAAAUCCUUGAAAUCUUUCGAAAUACACUAUGUAAACAAUAAAUUUCCAAAGAUUUUAAGAUGUACCAACCUAGAUAGAACGGAAAGUAUCUUGUCGAUGAAUGGACAAACUGGAGAAACUUCCGUCCUGAAAAGACUCGAAUUGAGAGUUGAAAGCAACGAUAUUUGGAAGGUAGUAUGGAAAGCCCUGCUUUUGUUCCUGCGAGGGAACACAAGUCUCACUCACUUGGUUCUGCGUCAAAACGAGCUCGAAGAAGAGGCGUUCAAGGACAUGAUGGAGGUACUCCAAGUGAAUUUGACUCUCCAGGAAAUAAAUGUCUCAGGCACCUCAUGGGCAAGGGACGGAAAGGAGGGGAUUAUUCAAGAGGCCCUCAGGCAGAAUCAGAAGCGGCCGCCUACAUGUCCGUGUUCAUAGAGGCCAAACUCAAACUUGGAGAUUCAAAAGUUGGUCGACUCUUUCUAUGCGGCUCUACUAGAGCAUGCAUGAGUAAAUUGCGUCAAACCUUGAUGAGGAUAGUUCAGUGCAAAAGUUGGUUUGGAACGAAACUGAACAAUUUGUUUAGAACAAAAGGUAUCGAAGUGGAGUUCUUGCAAAACGAUGACCAAAGGCAAAUUUCUAUUUGGGAUCUUGCGGGUCAAGAAAUUUUUCGUACCCUUCAAACUGUGUUGUUCCCUCAAACCAGCAAUUUUUGUGCUUUUUAUUUUUGUAUAGCUCUUUUUGUGAGAAAACAUCUUCUUACAAAGAAAACUCUUGUUUUCAGAGAGAGUUGGAGGAAUGGAUGAGAUUUAUCACAUCCAGCUCUAGGGACACUGGACAUAAUCGUCCACAAGUUCUUGUUUUGAUUUCACACAAGGAUAAAACCAAAUCCAGCUCUUUGACUUGGGCUCACUCAAUAGUGAAUGAUGUCACCCAAAGAUUUGCAAAAUUUGUAGAUCUUCAUCCAAUUCAAGAGUGUUUUUAUGUGGAUGC